AUGCCUUCCUUUGGGUGGCUGAUUACAUUGUCUGUCGUUGUACUCCUUGGCUCCGUCAUCUAUCAGAACCCACAGCCGCUUAUUGCACCGAUAACGAAUUCGCUAGCGUAUAAGGUCUUCCAGCAACUCUUCGAAAGCACCCACUGCUACGUUACCGUCAAGACCAAUUCAGCAGGACUGCCUCAGGCUGAAUGCUUCAGUGUCGUGGAUGGUAAAUUCAAGAGAGUGUUCAUCGAUGAGACAUCGUACGACAUCGUGAAGGAGCGGCGAAAGGGGCACGUGAUUCCAGGUUUAUGGGAUGGCCAUGGUCAUUUGUCGCAAUUUGGAGAGUCUUUGGACUCUGUCGACUUGUUCGGCACGAAGUCAAUGGCUGAUGUACAGAAGAGGCUUAUCAAAUACAAGGCUGGGCAUGAAGAGGUGGGGACGAGCGAGCAAUGGCUGACGGGUGUUGGCUGGGACCAAGCCAACUUUGAGGGAAGGUGGCCGGUAGCAAAAGACCUCGAAAUUGAUCAACAGUUCAAGGACCUUUACGUUCUGCUUUGGAGGGUCGACAUGCAUUGUUUCUGGGUGUCCGAGAAAGUUCUGUCGCUCCUACCGGAUCCCUUGCCACAGGUUCCUGGUGGAGAGAUCCCUGCCCAAGGAAUCCUUUGUGACCUCGCCAUGGACCAUGCAAUGAAGUACUAUCCGAAGCCUAGCAAGGAGCGCAGGACUAAGUGGAUUCAAAAUGCUAUGUUUGAGCUGAAUAAGCACGGCAUUGUUGGGAUGCAUGACGCGGGCGUUCUCCCUUCCGAGCUGAAGCUCUUCGAGGAACUUUCGACAAGCGAUGCAUGGACCGUUCGAGUCUAUGCAAUGGCUGAGUGCGAAACGAGGAACACUUUCUGUGAGAAAGACGUCACAAAGAUCAGCACACCUAAUGGCAACCUCCACAUGCAAAGCGUAAAGCUGUUCGCUGAUGGCGCCCUUGGAAGCUGGGGGAGUGCUAUGAUCGAGCCCUACAGCGACAAGAAGAGUUCUUCAGGAACCCUCCUUGUCAACGCCACCACGCUUUCUAAAAUCACACACGAUUGGGCUCAUGCAGGAUACCAAGUCAACAUUCACGCCAUUGGUGAUCUAGCCGCUCGACUCGCCAUCGACGCUUUCGAGGAAACUCUCAAGAGUCUCUGCCCAGGUUCUACCCUUCGCGAAUGCCAGGCAAAACAUCGCUUCCGCAUCGAGCACGCACAAAUCAUCCACCCUGACGACCAGCAGAGAAUGAACGAGAUCGGCAUUAUCCCGUCCAUACAGCCGACACAUGCGACCUCGGACAUGGCGUAUGCCGAGACGAGGCUUGGGAAACGUCGCACAGCGGAGGAAGCCUAUCGUAUGCGCUCCAUUCUUUCGCUUAAUCCGGUGUUCGGCAGCGAUUUCCCCGUGGAGCCGGCGGACGUGUUCGAGGGUAUCUACGCCGCUGUCACGCGACGCAGUCCUCGUACAGGUCUCGAUGCCGAUGGAGGAAAGAAAGGAUGGUAUGACGAGGAGACUGUGACGCUCGAAGAUGCCUUGAACGGCUUCACUGUCAACCCCGCUUACGCAGCGUUUCUGGAGGGCAUGGCCGGUUCGAUUGAGGAAGGUGCCUACGCGGAUUGGAUUGUUCUGGACGAACCAUUGGAGACUCUGGACACGGAGUCUCUUCGGAGUAUAAAGGUCAAGGAGACGUGGGUAGGUGGCAGGCUCGUGUAUAGACGAGCAGGACCAAUGGAGGCUCCUUGGUAG